CCCUUUAUUUUUAAGAGUGUGCCAGGAACAUCUCAAUUUUAAUUGGCUAGUAGCGUAUUGAACUGGGAGACACUUGUGGCAAAACAAUAUGAAUAGCUGAAAGUUAAAGCAUUUAGGGUUGUUAGCUGCACGCGGUUGGUGAUCCUCUCCGACAAUGAAAAUCGGCUACAGGUAAUUAGCCAGGAAUGCUGUUUCUAAUAAAUUAUUCAUGACCUCCGACACUAAUCAAGAUUAGUAGCACCGAGCAUAACAGGCAAAAUGCAAUCAGUUUGGCGUCGAACAAUAAAGAGCAAUUAACCAAGCAACGGAUCUGAUAAGUAAUAUUUCACCCGCUUCAGUCGUGGGUUUAGAUUGAUUAAAGCUAGUGUGAUGCUUAUUCUGUCCCAGUUCAUUUCUUUACUCAAGCUGCAAAGUGAAAAAUUCACGCACAUGCUGUUUCAGAGUAGUGCACCACAGGGAAUGUCAUCAAUAAUGAAUCCUCAAUUUUGUCGCACUCCAAGAUUCGUACUUACUACCUGCCCCUGAGUUUUCACUAAUAAGAACAGACGGAAAGAUAGAGCAGAGGCACAGCAUCUUUUGACCUGAAUCCUGAACUACAUCAAAGAACUCAUGGGGCUCGGGGAGGCUUCAGCGAGGGGGACAAGCAUGGAAGGAGACUGCCUCAGCUGCAUCAAGUACCUCAUGUUUGUCUUCAACUUCCUUAUCUUUCUGGGUGGCUCCUUCCUCCUUAGUGUUGGGGUAUGGGUGGUGGUGGACCCCACAGGUUUUAGGGAGAUAGUGGCCGCCAACCCCCUUCUCUUCACGGGCGUCUACAUCAUCCUGGCCAUGGGGGGCAUGCUUUUCCUGCUGGGCUUCCUGGGCUGCUGCGGAGCCAUACGAGAAAACAAGUGUUUGCUGCUUUUUUUCUUCAUGCUGAUCCUCAUUAUAUUCCUGGCAGAGCUGGCGGCAGCCAUUCUUGCCUUCAUCUUCCGGGAACAUCUGACUAGAGAAUACUUCACUAAGGAACUGAAGAGGUACUACCAAGGCUACAACAACACUGAUGUCUUCACAUCAACGUGGAACGCCAUUAUGAAUACAUUUGACUGCUGUGGAGUGAACAGUCCAGAAGACUUUGAGGAAAGCAUCUUCAGGUUUAUAAACCCCGGUGAAGUGGUGCCCGAGGCCUGCUGCCGUAGGAAUAAUCAUCUCGUAGAAGUAGGCUUCAGUAACAGGGAGGAAUGCCUGUCAGGCAGCAUGCUGUACCGGAACAACAAGGGCUGCUAUUCAGCGGUUGUGGACUACUUUGAGAUGUACAUCUAUGUUGCUGGUGCCCUGGCUAUUGUUGUACUCACGAUCGAGCUUUUCGCAAUGGUGUUCGCCAUGUGUUUGUUCAGGGGAAUCCAAUAGAUCAAGUUCACCGAAAGACUUUUUCAAAAAGGAAAACACCACAAAAGAAAACUGAACCACUUGUCAAAGAAUGUUUUACGCCAUUUUUUUUAUCUCUAAAAUUAUUAAGGAACAAAGAAUCAUUGACCUGUACUUCACAGCUGGACCUUUGAGGUACAACGUAACAAAAUAAAACAUUGAUAAAAAAAGAACAUUCUUUGAAUACUGCGAAGAUUUAUUGGGCUUCUUGUCAGAAAGCCCAAUGCGUAAUUUUGACCAGGUGUUAAAAGACCAGAUAAAGCCUGAAAAACGGAUGAAGAAGGUGCUGCACUGAUUUUGGAUGAAGAAUAUUUAUACUAAGUAAUGCUGGCUUGUUUGUAUAGGCAUUUGUGCUUUUAGUAAAAA